ACAGUACUGUAAAAAAAAAAAAAAAAAAGUUAUGAGUGAUUAUCAAAAUUAGUGGUGGAAAUGUGUACCAUUUACAGUAAUUAAAGGCGCAUUUAUUAAAUAAUGCGGAAAGAUGUUGUAAAAUGUUACACCAUUGUCACUAUUGACUCUUAAUACAUAUUUUUCCAUACAGUGUAAGUGAAUAGUGACUGAGACUGUCUGCCUAGUAUUCCCUUUUUAGUGUUCAACAGAAGAAAGCCAGCCAUAUUGGUUAAUUUCGCUGGUUGAACAAUCGCUUUAAAAUGUCUCCUUCAUUAAUUCCCACUGUCCGUUGAUGCUGCGGCACAUUCUGCAGUUUUCAAAUUUUGUUGAUUGAUACGCCCCUCAACAUGUCCAACUCCUCUCCUCCACAGCUGAACUGAAAUCAGUUUUACUUCCAGUCGACGCAUGAGUUUUAUAGUUUAACGUUAAAAGCUGUUCCCAGGUCAGCUAUAGAUGAAAAACGGAUAAAACGCCCCGUUAAAUUCUGGCUCCGCCUCUUGGUUUGUGUACGAAUCUGAUUGGACUAGCCCUCAGCAGUAGGCGGAGCUACCUCGCUGGGCUUUUUUUGUUUUUAUUAUCAGCUGUUCGUUGGGAUCUAUACUGCGGUGCUAUAAUUUGCGUGGAAUAAAAGCAAAAAUAAACAAAACAAAAGAGCAUAUAUUCUGCACCUCUACCUCGGAUUAAACUACCAAAGAUUUAUUUUUAACGAAUUAGACGUCGGAAUAUCGGUUGCUCUAUAAAGAAGCAGGUCAUUCUGCUGAGAUCUGAGUUCUGCCAGUGAGACUCGUACAAUCACACGUAAUUUAUAACCAUGUUUCAACGGCUCACAAACCUGCUCUUUGGAAGCGCGAGUGAAACAACUCAGGAACCAACUGUACCAAAACCAGGGUCUCCGGAAGUGGAUGAAGAGGGCUGGCUUCUGGUCAAUGCAGCUGAUGGAGAGACAUCCUCUGAACCCAGUGAGGUGCAGUUCAAGUUAAUAAGAACCCUGUCAAGCACUGAGAAAUGUGCUGCCAGCUCGGCCAGUGAUGCAAGCACCGUAGAACCAGAAGUCCCUGUUGCUCGAGGCAGUGGUCGAGUAUCUCAGCGGUUGGUCUCUCAGUCUGGGGCUCUGGUCAAAGUCACACAGGUGGGCCGGAUACAGCGGGCUCAGGCUCGGGCCAACCGCCACAAUCUCGGCCGCAAAUGCAUUCAGCGUCAGAACCACAUACGUCAACGAGUUCCUCAACAUUACUCUCGCAAACAGCGCGUGAUCCUCCACCAGCCUGGCCGACGCAAUUUUAGUCACUAAGAUGCAGAGAGAGUCAACAAGCACAUGCAAGUACCUUGGUUCAAAAUAAAAGCUUGAUAUGAAAAUGUUUGAACCAUUUUUAUUGUUAUUUACAAUGUAGGGUAUAAUAAACUCAGUGGCAGCUAAAAAUUAUGCCUCCAAAAAUUAUUAGAAAAUCUUUUUUAUGUUCUAGUGUACUAGACUGUCAUGCAGCAAUAAAAUUAAAUGAAGGACUUUUGAAUUCUUACGUGUUCUUUCAUUGUAACAUUAUUUAACUUGUAGUGAAAUCACUUUAUUGUGGUGAAGACAAUAAAGCAAUCGGGUGCACAGUUAUCUAGAUCAGUUUACCUCAUGAAGACAGAUACUUACUUUCCAACUUAUUCAUAAUAAAUAUACUGUAUGUUCUAAGUUUGUAUGUCAUUGUCAUGCAGUACACUAUAAAAACCACUAAGGGGCGCCUUAGUGUGGUCUAAUCAUAGAAGUAGUCCUACUCUACCUUUCUACCUUUCAUAGUGUGGAAGAGUGUCAAAAAUAUGAGGCAUCCAAUGUGUGUAUUAUAGUGUCAUUUCAAUCAAAGUAAAAGAUCCUAUUCUUUCCUCACUCUACAAUGAAUCCUAUUUACACUGUUAUGAGCUUCAGAAGUUUUAGUUCAAAAUUAUAAUAUGUUGACAUUUAGUUCUUGACUGUAUUAAUUUAGCAAGUGUCAUAUAUUCUCAGCUAUUUGUACUGGACGUUUUCAUAUGAUUUAUGCUCUUAGAAAUAAUAUAAAUUUACAUUAUUUUAGGGCUGCAAGAUACUUUGACUGUUUGUUAAUCUUUUUCAUGUUUUCCACACGAUGAAUAUAUUGCGGAACUAGCAACGUGUGUUAAUGUGCUAAAUGGUUUACUGGAUGUGAAAUAUUUAAGUUGUUUUCCUCACUUGUUUUUCAAUCAGAAUAGAGUAUAAAGUUUGCAGUUCAUUAGUUA